AUGACCCAGUGGAAGAGCAAGCUUCAAUUGCCUGAGAAUAUAACCCUGGAGCAUUCGGAAGCCCGGGCCCAGCUGCGUCUGGGACUUUUCUCAUACCCUGUCCUUCAAGCGGCCGAUAUUCUUGUCCAUAAAGCCACUCAUGUGCCAGUUGGUGAAGAUCAACGACAACACCUGGAGUUUUCCAGAUAUACUGCGAAUAGCUUCAACCAUCUCUAUGGGCCCAUCUUUCCCGUCCCAGAGGCCCUGAUCUCUCCCGCCAAACGCGUCAUGUCACUUAAGGAGCCUACUGCCAAAAUGUCCAAAUCCCAUACGGAUGAGCGGUCCCGUAUUCUGCUGACCGAUUCUCCCUCGGAGAUUCAGAAAAAGGUCAAGGUUGCUCUGACGGAUUCGGAGCCGAUGGUCACCUAUGAACCCGCCCGUCGACCCGGGGUCUCCAACUUGAUUGAGAUCCUUAGCCAUUUCGAAGGGGUGCCAUGCGCCACCCUCGCUGCAGAGUUUCAGUCCGCCAGUCUCCGCGCGUUAAAGGAGCACGUUGCGAGUCGGAUCGCGCAUCAUCUCCAAGAAAUUCGAGCACGAUACAUUGAGAUCAUGGAGGAUCAGAGCGGGUACCUGGACACGGUUGCCCAGCAAGGGGCGGAGGUAGCUCAGGCCAAUGCGAACGAGACCAUGCGAGAGGUCCGGGAUGUUAUGGGUCUAUGA